UGACGCGAGUACUUCCGCUCCGGUCACGUGACACGUAGCGUAGUAACCAGCAAGUUUCCGGUCGCGCGAAACCGCGAGAGCGGUCAACAAGACGGGCGGCGAUUGGACUUGCUGUGGAAAAGAAGCUUUCGUCUGCUCUCGCGCGUCCGACGACGAAACGCGACGGGCAGCAAGAUGCCGCCCAAACGCCAAUUUAAAGCCGGGGACCUCGUGUUCGCCAAAAUGAAGGGCUUCCCUCACUGGCCGGCCAGGAUCUGUAAAUUCGAUGAGACACAAAAGAGCAGAGUUGGUGUCUUCUUUUUCGGGACCCAUCAGAUAGGUUACCUCACUCCGGCUCGCAUCGUCCCAUUCUCUGGAAACAAGUUGAAGUACGGCAGCGGCGUCCGCCUCAAAGGCUUCUCCGAGGGGAUGUGGGAGAUCCAGAACACGCCUGGAAUUGGCAAGAAGAGCACAUUUGCAGGCAAAAGUACCCCCGGGAAACCAAGUGGCACUUUGAAAGCGACCUCUUCUCUCUUGAAGAAAAGAACAAAAUCACAGGGCGUGCGACGACUCGGCGCCGAUGCAGACGUCGCCGCCGUGAACGCAUCUCCCGAGGCGGCCGCGUGCGAUAGCGGCACCCUGUGCCUGAAGGAGUGCGUGGUCAAAUGCGUGCCGGCGAAGACCCCGCGCGGUCCCGGGAGCGACGCAAACGACUCGCCGGCCGCUCGGGCGGCGUCCGACGCAGAGGCAACAAGUGCGCCGGUGACAAAAACUCUGAGGAGAUCUUCAUCCAGGUCAUCCGCGCAAAUGGAGGACAAUAAGAUGGAAACCCCGACCCCCCGGGAAGGCGACGCCUCCCAUGUUGACGGCGUCCCGCCGCGGCAAAGGAGAGGGCGGCCGAGUAAAGCCUCGAUGCAGAAGAAAAGCGACGUAGCGCAGGCUGAAGAGGGCCCGGCGGCGGCGAUGAGCGGCGCGCACCCGACGGCCACCACGCUGCGACUGAAGCCGUGCCUGGUCAAAUGCGGCCCCGCCCACGGCCGCGCAAAGGGCCGCCGGCCGGCCGAUCCGCCCCGAGCGUCGGCGUCCGCGCCGGGGGCGCUGGCGACAGCCGCGGUGAAGAGGAGGCCGGGGCGGCCGAGUAAAGCCGACGCAAAGAAGAGGGCCCAGGUUGCCGUCGAAGCGGCCGAGAAGUCACACCAGGUCCCGUCUCCCCCCACCCCGAGCGCGCCACCUGAAUCGCACAGUGCGCCCGCCGCCCCCCAGACGGCCGAAGCGGCGACCGGCGGGGCGGCGGCCAAGCUGGGAACGUCGGGGCCGAGCCGAGCAAGGAUGAGCGAGGAAAAAGGCGGGGGCGAAGGAGCGGAGAAAGCCACGAUGGCGACGGCGGGCAGGGGAAGGAAGAGAAAGAAAGUGGCAGAGGGAAAGGAGACGACAAACCCGGAAGGAGCCCGCAAAGCAAAGGUGACAACCGAGGAGACGACGCCCAGCCCGGGAGGGGCCGGGCACAGCGGGGAAGGCUUCCAAAAAGACGGGAAAGGAGGGUCGUGGGGGGCCACCAAGGAGGUGAAAGAAGCAAAUCUGGAGGAGACCGAGCAGAAGGGGGGCCGGCCUGACGUGACCGCCGACGCGCCCGGCCCACAAGAGAAGGUGAAAAGACAACAACGGAAGGAGACCCAGCAGACCGGCGGCCGGGAACCAGAGGCGGACCCGACGACGCCGAGCCCGGGCGGGGACUCGGGGGCCCGAGGAGGGAAAAAGGAGGAGACCGAGCGGGAAGGAGGUGAGGGGGGGAAGGCGCAGGUGACCGCCGGGGAGUCGGCGCCGCGCCGAGGAAGAAAGAGGAAGCCGGCGGAAAUCUCCCAGACCGACGGGGGCGAGGAAAGACGGACCGAGGAAGCCGCGCCGACGGGAGACGGAACCAAAAGGAGAGCGGCGCAGGACGCGCGGGGGCCGCGGGGCCACCGGGCUCCAACGGAAGCCACCGCAGAAGAGACCACGCUCGGUCCAGAGGGAAAGAUCAAGACGAGAGAAAGGCGGGAGGACGAGGAAGGGAAGGCGGCGGAGGCGGAGUCCACGCCUGGCCCGGGAGAGGUGACCGCGGAGGAGGGGAACCAGCGGGGGGGAGGCGAGGAAAGACCGACUGCUGGGGAGUCGACCGAAGGGAAGAGGAGGAGGAAAGACUGCGAGGAGGAGGAGGAGCCAGACAGAGGCAAGGCGGAGGCCACGGCGGAAGAGUCCGCACCCGGCCCAGCGGAGACGUCGGCGGCAAACGAAGGCCAAAGGGAGCACGGCGGACUGACCGAGGCGGCCACGGAGGAGUCGGCGCCCGGCCGCGGAGGCCACAGGACGGCAACGGGAGAGGAACGCAAGACCGAGGUCUCACCGCCUCGCCGUGGAGGCGGGAGGUGGAGGAGGGAAGGGGCGGCCAAAGAGGCGGGCCGGCCGCCAAAGAAGGAGGCCAAACCGGCGGCGGCGGCGGCGAGGAGGCCGCGAGGGACGAAGACGACGAGAGGCGGCGCUGAGGAGGGAGCCCGGACCAAGGACGGCGGAGGCGAGAGGACCAGGACGGCGAGGAAAGAGGACGCGGCCAAAGACAAGCAAGGAAGCCACGUGGACGACGAGAGGCAGCGGCGGCUGGCGGCAAAGAGGGAGAGUGUCCUCAAAUCCCUGCGAGGUCUGCUCAAGGCCACGAGGGGCGGCAGGCGAAGAGAGGCCGCCGCCAAGAGCUUCACGAAGGCGGCCAUCAGAGUCAAGACCAAGCGGAUGCGGGGCCACAAGAUGCUCCAAGAAGCCACCGCCGGGAAGAAAAGCAGGCCCCCCGCGCCCGCCGGGGCAAAGCCCCCUCCCGCGGCGGCCAAGGAAAGCCACGGCAAACUCACCGGCGGCCCCGAGACGCGGCCGCAGGAGCCCCCCAACAAGGACGGCAGGAAGUUGAUUGGAAAAAUCGUGAAAGCCACCACCAAGGUUCAGGUGAAGACCAUGAUGGGCGGAGCCACGCUGCCGCCCCCACAGGAGGGGGAGGCGACCGGCGGCGGGAGGGCGGCGGCGGCGGCCCACGGCUCGGAGGAGGAGAGGAAGCCGCAGCGGGUGUUGACGGACGACGAGAAAGCCGCCACCAAGCGCCGGCAUGAAAAAGACGCCGCCAAGGCAGGCGGGGCCGAGCCCGGCCGGAAGAGCGCUGACGGCCGGCAGGAAGCCAAUAAGAACCUGACGCCCACCGACUCCACGCUGCACCGAAUCCACGGAGACAUCCGCAUCUGGCUCAAGAGCGGCAACCCGGAUGUGGCCAAGUGUCUGGCGGCGUUGGAUCAGCUGAGCAGCAUCUACGUCACGUCGCAGCACGUCCACAAGCACAGCGAGCUCAUCUCCACUCUGAGGAAGAUGCGCUUCUACCGCGCCAACCAGGACAUCAUGGACAAGGCGGCCAUGCUGUACAACCGCUUCAAGAACGCCUUCCUCCUGGGCGAGGGCGACCAGGUGGUGAGCGCCGCCUUCCUGCGCUCGCUGCUCGAGGAGAAGGAGCGCCAGGAAGAAGAGCUCUGCAACAACUACAAAAGGGCGGCGGGCGACGAGGAAGGGGAGGUCCCCGCGCACCGGCCCCCCUCAGCCGACUAGCUCCUGGCGUGGGAGAAGACACCCUGCGCCGAGCCACGUCUGCAAGAUUCCCACGGAAGCGUGAACCGGAACAAGAUUUUAGGAUUAUGAUUUUUUUAUGUUCCCCCCCCCCCCUUUUA